AUGGAUUAUGAUUAUAUCACCUUUCAGAGAGAAAGGGAUGUUCAUAAUAAAUGUUAUGGUGGAAGAUUAUGGUGCAUUAAAGACAUAUGUGGAAUAAUAUGUGCAGUUUUAACAUGGAUGUUAAUAAUUUAUGCAGAAUUUGUUGUGAUGGCAGUCAUCCUUAUUCCUACAAUAAAUACAUUAUAUUCUGGUCUAAACACAGCAAUAUUUCAGUCUCUAACUUUCUUAGCUUUUGCAUCUCAUCUAAGGACAAUGUUCACAGAUCCAGGUGCAGUUCCAAAGGGUAAUGCCACGACAGAAAUGAUAGAGCAAAUGGGAUUUAGAGAUGGACAAGUAAUAUUUAAAUGUGCAAAAUGUUGCUCUAUCAAACCAGAUAGAGCACAUCAUUGUUCUGUUUGCCAAAGAUGCAUUAUGAAAAUGGAUCACCAUUGUCCAUGGGUUAACAAUUGUGUAGGAGAAAACAAUCAAAAAUAUUUUGUACUCUUUACUUUCUACAUAGCGGCAAUGUCAUUGCAAUCUUUAUUCUUAUGUAUACAACAAUUUACUACAUGUGUGAGACAAGAGUGGAAAGAAUGUUCUACAUUUAGUCCACCUGCAACAGUGGUUCUUUUACUUUUUCUAGCUUUCGAAGCACUUUUGUUUGCCAUUUUUACCGCUGUGAUGUUGGGAAUACAAUUGCAAGCUAUUUGGAACGAUGAAACUGGCAUUGAACAACUCAAGAAGGAAGAAGCUAGAUGGGUUCGUAAUAGUAAAUGGAAAUCCAUUCAAGCAGUAUUUGGAAGAUUUUCAGUUGCCUGGUUCUCACCUUUUACUUCACCUCCAAAGUGCAAAACAAAGCUAGACUCUUAUUUAUAUUCGGUGUAAUGUAUUCAGAUACGUGGCUGCAUCCCAGAGAUAUUUACUAUAUGUAAAUAUAAACUAUGACGUAUCAUGGAGUCAUGUACAACUGAAUAGAAUGUUUGUAAUUUUAUACAAUUAUCUGAAGAUUCCAAUUUAUUGC